GGGUGAAUACGCGGUUUGGAUUGGUCUGGUCUGGUCUACUCCCUGAUUCCCUCUUCUCUCCCGAUUCCCGACGGCAACUCGCCCCCUCCACCCUCCGGCUAUCGCGGCACCACGCCCACCACCCUCCUCCACACUCAGGCCGAAGCCCAUCUCGCCGCCUCUCCCACGAAGAUCCGGCAGCGUGGCGCUCAUCUCGGAGUUCAUCUUGUCCCGGUCCAAGACCCUCCACCGAGCUGCUCAUCCACGCCCGCCGCCCUGCUCGCCCUCCCUGCCUCCCUUCCAUGUAGAUCCAUCUCGGUGUGCGGAGCUCCUUCCCCUACGUACCAAGCCGCCGCAGUACACUGCGUCACCGGCUGCCCCACGCCCGCCGACGUCCUCUGCCUCCUCUUCGUCUGUGGAGGAUUUUGACGCCUGGCUCGCCAAUAAGCUUCUGCAGAUCCUACGAGACGUAGUACAGAACUCGGGGUCACAAUUCAUAAGGGAAGGAGAAAGACUUGUGAUUAUCUACGCAGAAGGAGGAGACGUAGUACAGUUUCAUUUUUUUAGGCUUUGAUGAUUGCUUAAAGAGGAUGAAAUGACGACCCGUGCAAAGUUAUCUGGUAUUCAGAGGCAGGCCUUGGCAUUAUACAGAGGAUUUCUUCGCACAGCGCGGCUCAAGUCUCCAGAGGAGCGCCACAGGAUUGAGUCUGUUGUCUCAGCAGAGUUCCGUGAGAAUGCGAGGAAUGUCGACCGCAGGAACUUUGUGUACAUUGAGUACUUGGUCAGAAGAGGGAAGCGGCAGCUUGAGCAGCUCAAGAAUCCUGAUAUUACUGGACUUUCUACUCUUGAAAUAAAUAAGGUUUCUUCUAUUCCAUGAUGAAUUACCUAUCAUGCUUUUGGUGUUUCUACUGGGAGACAAGUAAACAGAAAGGGCAUGCAAUUGCAUAAUUCCUUUUCAUGGUGUCCAAGGGACAUCAAAAUGGCCACAUGGAAGCUUUUUAUCGAGUAACUCUAUGUAGUACCUUCAUUUGCCUAUACAUAUCCAGAUGAAUGUCCUGACAUCUGUUUGCCUUCUGGAUAUCGAAGUGAUGUUUAUGUAUGAUUUUUUUGGUAUCACUAAGAUCAAUUGGACGAGAGUUUAAUGUGAGAAAGCAUUUACAUUGGAGUAAUUUUAGACUAAACAAUGUGGUUUGAACACAGAAUUUCUGUUAUUUUUUAUGUAUUGUAAAUUCGCCCACCUUUACGCUAAAUGAAUCAAACUCAUGAAAAA